GCACUCGAUAGCACUGAGGCUAACACAUGCUCAUCACAUGAUGUGUUAUAUCUAAUGUUGGUCUUCGUUGAUUUUAACCUGUUAGAGUACAAAGGCUUAUUUUUUCUCAUUGGUUUUAUACAGAUAUUUAUUAUUUGCGAACACUUUAGGUUUCUUGUUAUUUCUGGAUGCUUUAGGUUUCCAGUUAGCCUUCUGGUAUAGUGUCCAUGCUGUGUUGUUUAUGUGUUAAAUCUGUUGUGUUCGAAAUGUUUCAAAUCGUUUUUUUUGACCAGAAAUGUCUCUCUCUUGAAUGUUUCGUACGUGCUGCUGUCAAGCUGGAUAAAUGUAAACAAAGUUCAUACUGUACUGUACUGUACUGUAUAUACAGAAGAGACAUUGAUCUGGGCUCAGUGUCAUCCUUCAGGAUAGGAAGCAGUAAACUAACAGUGUGAAUAAAAGCUAAACUGACAGUGUGUUUUAUGUUCUUGUCAUUGCACUUUGUGUUAUGGAUAGAGACUGUCUUCUGUUGACUCUUGCUGAUGUUUAUGGCCGGGCCGCUCUCUGUUUAGGGCUCUCUUUGAGAUGUUCUCAGGGUAUCAGGAGCAGGAGGACUAUGAGGACGAGCUGUACGCGGAUGAUGCAGACUCCAGUUUGUCUGACGCUGACAGUGAACUGGAGUUCCGGCUUUAUUCCCAGCUGCACUACGGCGCUGAGAUCCAGGAGGACCGUGAGGACUCGAGAGAGGUCCAGUCAUCAGUACCUGCUCCACCUGUAGAUGUCAUCGUGACUGACUCUGGCCCAGAUGCUGUCACAGAGGAAGAUGACAGUGUGUGUGCUAAGAAAGGUCAAUCAUCCAAACGCUGGAACGGGAAGCUGCUUUCACCCUGUCUACCACAAGUUGAAGCGGGAAAGAGCUCCCCGGAUGAUAUUGUGGUGUUGGAUUCUGAUUCAGACGACAGCUCUUCUGAAUCUGUACCCGCUUUUGUGAAGGAUUCGGACUCGGACUCAGACUCGGAUGGACUGGAGAACUGGAUGAUUCUGGGCCGGGACAGACAGGAUGAAGAUCAGAGCAUCCAGCUCAACGUCUCCUUACCAGAAUAUGCAAACGAUGAAGGAAAUAAAAAGAACUGGACUAUAUCAGAAAAGGAUAAAUGGGCUCAGAUCUGUAAUAAAGGAGUUGGCGCGAGGCGUGUCUCAAACCGUUACUACAUUGAAAAAUCCAUCACAUGUCACAACUGCAGCAAGUCCGGCCAUCUCUCCAAAAACUGUCCCAGAGCAAAGAAGGUGCCAUGCUGCUCAUUAUGUGGGCUUCGGGGACACUUACUGAGGACCUGUCCGAACCGUCACUGUUCUAACUGCUCACUGCCCGGCCACACUUAUGACGACUGUCUGGAGAGAGCUUACUGGCACAAAUGCUGCCGCCGCUGUGGCAUGACCGGACAUUUCUGUGACGCCUGCCCAGAAAUCUGGAGACAGUACCACCUUACAACCACUAAUGGACCCCUCCGCAAGCCCAGUGAUCCAAAUGCCUGCAGGAGUCCUGCUUACUGCUAUAACUGCUCUAAGAAAGGACACUUCGGCCAUGAGUGCACUGAGAGGAGAAUGUAUAACGGGACGUAUCCCACCCUGCCAUUCAUUUCCUAUUAUGACACAAAGAAGGACAUGAAUUGCCGGAAUCAUCGACUUAAAAAGCAGGCCAGAGAACUUCAGGAGGCCGGAUUGAUUUCACCUGAUGGAGCUUUCAUUACAAAUACCCCCCAGCCGCCCAGAAAGAAACCAAAAACCAGCCACAAACAGUCUCCAUAUGCACACAACAACCAGCUCACGCCGAAGAGACACAUCGCACACACACCAAAACACCAUCCACAAGCACACAAACAGAACACACACUUGAAUUUCAAGCAGGACUCACAAACACCAGGAAACCACAGCAAACCCACGCCUCAGAGCAGGUUUAAACCACAAAAGCAAAGCCAGAAGGAAGCCAAAAAGAAAACACAAUCUAAAGUUAUAGUUUUAGAUGAAGACGCAGACUUUCCUAGAGGCUGUGAAAAGAGCCCUCACAUGACAAGAGUUUUUUCAUCACCUCGCAAAGCCAGUGUGACGCCGAAUAAGCCCUUUGGACCUGAAAAGAACAAUAAAAAGAAAACAGAUCAAAUAGCGAAAAAGAAUGAGAGGAAAUGGAGAAAGAGACAAAAAAAAGCUGCAAAAGGUUCUUCCGUGUGUCCCUCCGAUGAAAACCUUUUUCUGAUUAAACAAAGAAAGAAAUGAAGAUAAAAAAAAGCUUAUUGUGUGAAUGGGACGUCGGGUGAUUCUCCGUCUACUGGUGGUUGGUUUUGGCUCAUCUUCCUCCCUUCACAUGCUUUUGUGUACAGUAUUAGGGCUUUUUAGGGUUGUCCAAAUCACCCAAAUUCAGUAAAUUGCUCAGUGCUUGGCUGCAUCAUAUAAUGAUAUUCAUAUACUAAUUUGACAUUAAAAAGUGCAUCAUUUUUUAGGGGAAAAAAUGAAUACAUUUAGCAAACAUGGUAUUUUAAAAGCAAGUGUCCUGCUUGUGCGUGACGAGUGUGUAGAGUUUUCUAUUUUAUGUACAUGCUGACUUCUGUAACAUCAUGGUUAAAUUAAAGUCUGUUUGUAUUGAUAA